AUGGAAACAAAAUUAAGAAAUCUUGUUAAAUUUCGCAAUAAUCCAGCAAUUCCAGAUGCUUGGGAAUUUUAUACUAAAAAUAGAGACAAAUUUAGAGGACAAGUUUAUGUUCCAUACUUGGAUGUUCAUAUACCUAAUGCCAACAAUCUUGUUUUGUUCAAUAAUGUUGUUGCAUCACGUGAUUUGGGUAUUUUUAUUUUUUCGUGUGCUCAAGAUGAAGAAUUGCUAAUAAAUAAAUUUAAAAUUGAUUCGAGCAUAGUUUCACAAGAAAUGAUUCAAAAUUUUGAAGAAACUAAAGUAGAAAUAUCUCCACAACUUGGUGAAUUGGGUUUUGUCGAUUUUUUAUUAAAUUUGUUUAAAUCAUCAAGUCCUGUUGGUGCUUACUUAAAUGGAUUAUAUAGUAUGGACAAACUGUUAAUUGGAGGUCAAAAAGUUGAAGAAAAUUAUGAACGUAUAUGUCAAGCUGCAAGAGAAAUUAAUCCAGAAUUUCAGUUAUUUUUGACUCGUCAAUUGAGGGUUUUCUUUUUUUAUUUUAUAUUUAAGUUCGGCAUUUCCGAAUUGGCGGGCUAUCCGAUUUUUACUUCAUACCAGACCUUGGGGAUUUAUACUAAAACCCCCGGAAGCCCUGAAGGUCCUGGGCUCGUUCCAAUGUUACUCUCUACAAUUUUCUAUUUUUAG